AUGUACAUGGUCGGCAACAAUACUCAGACCAUCUGCCUCAAGUCCAACGCCCCUGACCACUCAUACUGGAGGCUGCAGGACUGCGUGGCUCUGACUUAUGUCAUCUUGUGCCUCGGCCAAAGUGAGACAUUCAGUCUGUCUGACUUGAGAACAGAAAGAGAUGAUGGAAGUCCUAUCCAGCUGAGUCUGUCUCAGACGGUAAUCUUGUCACACCACAUCUGGCAAAUAGAGGCUGUUUCUCUUCUGGCUUCAUCUGUCAGCACCAGAGUCACCCAGAACCUGAAUGUCUCGACUAACCUUGGUGAUGAGCAGUUUAAAGUCCUCUGUGCCGGACGUAAAGGCAGCAAGCUUAGCAGGCUGAUGCAAGAUAGUGAGUUGACUGCAGCGUCCAUGGAGGCUUUUGCAGCAGUUCUGUGUUCCGGUCAGUCACAGUAUAGAAACGUGAAUCUGAUAAAUGAUUGCAUAAAAGACCGUGGAGUGAAAGCUACAUGCAAAGCCCUGCAGCAUCCAUUUUGCAAGCUGCAGAGUUUCAUAUCGGCAACCCUUAUGUCCUGCUUUUAUUUCAUAUUGUAUAUUUCAUUGCAGUUAACAAAUGCUUGCUGGUCCCAUUUUAAGGAGGCCUUGAAAUCUGAGCACUGUCUGUCGGAGCUCGACUUGUCACUGAAUGAGUUGGGACAGGAGGGGGCGCUAAAGCUCGAUCAAGGCCCGAGUCGACCAGGUAGUCCAAUGGAAUCUUGCAGCUUGGGACAAUGCGACUUAACCUCAGCAGUCUUUGAGGAGCGGAGCUUCUUCUGAAAAGUGGGACUUUCAAAUAAAAUCCCUGGAGUUAAACUUCUCUGGGGUGCUGUUGCACAUCCCAGCUGCUUGUUAGAGGAACUGAAUGUUUGCUCAACAGGACUGACAGAUGCCUGUGUUGAAGACUUGUGCACCACUGUGGGAUUCAAUUAAACCCUGAAGGUCCUGGAGCUGAGUAACAACUCCCAGACCAAUGCUUCCAUCCCGCCACUUGUUCAAGUGAUGCGGUACAAACCCAUCAUGGAGAUGGCCCUCGAGUACAAUGACUUCAGUGAAGAUGUCUCUGCAGUGUUGAAGGAGUGCAAUAUCUAA